UCAAUUGCCCGUCUCUUUAAUUAAAUUAAAUUUGUAAAUUUAUUCUACUACAUUAACCUGUUGUUCAUUGACAAUUUACUGUCAUGAUCAAGUUCAAUUAGCUGGUGCUAUUAUUGUUUCGUUGCGAAAGUGAUAAAAAAAAAAUUGAAAUUUUGUUGUUGCUUUAUUUUUUGAUAACGACAAUGAAUUUAACAAAGUGCAUCAAAGGCAAUGAUAUCAAUCGGAAGAUGGGUCAGUCAACGAGUGUAAAUACCAUCAAUUACACACCUGCGUCCAGUCGUCGGCGAAGUUUUCUAUCACCAUUUUCCCGAAGGAAGAAACAUAAAAGUCCAUUGAGCGCAACGUUUCAAGCUCCAUGUUCCAGUAACUUUGAAGCUUUAAAUAUAAAUGCGGCAACUGUUGAACAGUUUAUGACAUUACCGGGAAUUGAUCGACGCAUCGCUCAAAGUAUUGUCGAUCAUCGAGCCGCCAUUGGAGGACGUUUUCAACGCACUGACGACCUGGCUCUUGUGUCUGGAAUAGGCGCCGAAAGACUUGAACAAAUUCGUCCAGAAAUAUGUAUUAAAAGGAGCACACGAUCAAAUCAAGGAUCUUCAAUGAGCUCACGAACACCGUCGCUAGACUCAUUAUUCUCCGAUCCCAAUUUGGGCCAACCGCAGAAACUAAUCUUAAAUGUAAAUACAAGCAGUGUCUUUCAACUACAACAAAUCAAUGGAAUGAACCAAGAAAUAGCCGCAAAUUUGGUUGACUAUCGAAAUAGGAAAGGUCCGUUCAAAUCUUUGGAUGAUUUGAUUAAAGUGAAAGGAUUAUCACAAAUGCGACUGGGAGCGUUACGGUCCUCCUUAUGUGUAAAUAAUGAUGAAAUUCCAAAAACACCAAAAUUCAGCCAUGCCUCGUCCGUGACGAAUGGUCCCACCUCAACGCCGGUGAGAAGCGUUUACAAUUCAGGUCAUCGAAAGUCUCUGUCCGUACCGAUUAAAAUGAACUUAGGAAUGACGAAUGGAUUUGCAAAUGUCCCGGUUGAUGAUAUUUUCGAUCUACUGGGUGCCUAUUCGCAUCGACCAAUCGUAGAAGAUAGUUACAAUUACAUCCGUAAUGGUCACAACACUCUCCGGAUAGCGUCGUGGAAUCUAGACAAAUUUACGUUUGAAAAGUCAUCAAAUCCGGGCGUCAAAGAAGUCAUUUGUCGUACAAUUUUGGAGAACAAAUUUUCUGUCAUAUGUGUACAGGAAGUUAUGGAACCGUCCGCACUGCACAAUAUUUGUAAAGAACUAAAUCAACCAUCGCUGAGGCGAGUGAUCGAGUGGAAAGACAAUACAAACAACUGGAAGUAUGUAGCGAAUUCGACGUGCAUUGAUAGCAACGACAUUAAUGGUCUGGGUUUCAUUUAUAACGCCGACCGAUGUGAUCUCGAGCAAGACGAGUGUUUUGAAAUUUCAUUGGCUAAUUGCGCAGACGUAGAAGAUUGUCCGGUUCAGCCCAGUGCAUUUAUCGCAGCGUUCGGUAUGGAUGAUUGGACCUGUUACAUACUGAAUACCUAUCUGCGAUUCUUCGACUUGCGACAAAUCGACAAAAUUAUCAAGUCCGUCGAAACGAGCCUACAGACGCAGAAGAUAUCAAUUUCGGAUAUAUUUUUCGUUGCCGGUGAUUUCUCGUCGACCACCUAUGAGCCCGAUCCGAUAAAACAUUUUAAAACAAUUGACAAAACACCCAGCAGGCAACCGGUCAACAUUGACCUGGAUGACAUUGGCUUUUAUCGUGUCGUCGAUUCGUAUUCCACAUCGUUCAGUCGCGAUUUGCCGUUGAACAAAUUAGACAUAAUCAGUUCCUGUAAUAUUUUGUGUCGCGACAAGAUGCCCGUUCGGAAUGCGUUUCGCAAAGCUCUGUACAAAACCAAAUCGCCGUUAAGCAUACACAAUUUGAAUCAAGUGCCUUCCGGUAAAAGUGAUAAACUCUGUGGAUAUUAUGGUGUAGUGCGGCAAGGCAUGUGUCACAUGGCGAUACCGAGAGGUUGGACAUGGGGCGGUCCGGUCUCCGAACACUGUCCGGUAUGGGUUGAGACAUACAAGCGAAAAAAUCGAAUAGCAUCGACGCUGCAUCAAUCGUUGGACAAUGACAAAGAAGACGAACAGUCGUCGGUUGAUCAGCAAAUUGUGCGCAGGAAUUCCUUUAAUUCAAAUAUGUCUUAUAAACGGUUAAAUGGUCAUGGGAAUGUGAGUGGUUUGAAUGAAAGUUCGGAUUCCGUGUUCGAGAAAUAGGUUUUUUUUUCUGUUUGUUUAAAGUUAAAAAAAUGAAAAAAAUAUAAAAGUUGUUAAAUGAAAUGAAUAUUCAAGUUUUAUGUUAUGUAUAUUAGGUCCAGAGAAGUUUUUGAUAACAAUUAAAUCAAUAGUUGAAAAAUGAGAA